GGAAAGCCACAACCCGAGGUGAUCUGGACCAAGGACGACCAACCCUUAGACACCAAACGCGUCAACAUCCGUAAUGGGGAGAAGGACACAAUCUUUUUCAUCCGUGAGGCCCAGCGCACUGACUCUGGCAAAUACCAACUCACCAUCCGGAUAAAUGGAGCGGAGGACAAAGCCACCUUGGACAUCCAAGUGAUUGAGCCACCAGGUCCCCCCCAGAACCUGAAGUUGGUGGAUGUGUGGGGCUUUAAUGUGGCCUUGGAGUGGGGCCCCCCAGCAGACAAUGGCAACUCCGAGAUCAAGGGCUACCUGGUGCAGAAGUCGGACAAGAAGAGCGGGCAAUGGUUCACGGUGCUGGAGCGCUGCACUCGCACCAGCUGCACCAUCUCUGACCUCAUCAUAGGCAACACCUACUCCUUCCGAGUGUUCACGGAGAAUGCCUGCGGGAUGAGUGAGAAAGCAGCCGUCACCCCCAAGCCAGCCCACAUCCAAAAGACAAAAACUGUCUACCAGCCUGAGAAGAUCCGUCAACGGGACAUGCUGGAGCCUCCAAAGUUCACCCAGCCGCUGACAGACCGAACCACCACGCGGGGCUACAGCACACACCUCUUCUGCUCUGUGCGGGGCUUCCCCAAGCCCAAAAUCAUCUGGAUGAAAAAUCAGAUGGAAAUACGGGAAGACCCCAAGUACAUAGCGAUGAUGGCGCAGGGCGUCUGCUCCCUGGAAAUCCGCAAGGCCAGCCCUUUCGAUGGGGGUGUCUACACCUGCAAAGCUGUGAACCCCUUGGGAGAAGCCUCAGUAGACUGCAAACUUGAUGUGAAAGCAUUCUUUGCUCUUGAAAUCCCCUUCCUCUCCUUUAUGACCCAGAAGUAG